UUAUCUUUGUGUUGAAACUCAACGCGUGGAGAUGGGAAAAAACACAAGAGUGGUGUGCUGCAGGGGAAUUAUAACGAAAAACAGCGAAAUAUGAGGUUGAAUUUACUACCAGAGGUCGAACCUUUUCUGGAUUAAUUUUAGAGAAUUCGCAUUAGAGGGUCACCCACGAAGCUGCAUGUCAGCAUGGCCUACUCUCUGGCUGUCCGCUUCUUCCUGAAAGCUCUGGAGUACUUCUACAGGACGCUUCGCCACACCGUCCACUCUUGCCUCGCCAUCGCAUUCAGGAAGGAUGCGGGGAGGACGGUUCCGCCCAUCCGGGACCCGAUUCUGCUCAAGUCUGCCGCCCAACUCGCGGAGGAGAUUCGGACGAGAAAGGUGAAGAGCCAGGAUGUGGUGCUCGCCUACCUAAGGCGCAUCGAGGAGGUGGACCCCCUCAUCAACGCUACCGUGGAGCGGAGGCGGGCGGCGGCGCUGAGGGAGGCGGAGGAAGUGGACGCCCUGGUGGAGUCGGGCGCCAUGACGCGGGAACAGAUGGCCAGGGAGCGGCCCCUGCUCGGGGUGCCGCUCACGGUCAAGGUGCUGCUCUCGGUCAAGGGCAUGCGCAGUACGGCCGGCUCCCUGCUGUUCCGAGACGCCCUCGCUGCCGAGGACGCGCCCACGGUGUCGCUGAUGCGCCGCGCGGGCGCCAUCGUCGUGGCUACGACCAACACGGCCGAGAUGGGGAUGCACUUCGAGACCAACAACUACGCCCACGGACGGACCGCCAACCCCUACGACCUGGCCCGCACCAGCGGAGGAAGCAGCGGUGGUGAGAGCGCCCUCAUCAGCGCGGGAGGCUCGCUGCUGGGGCUGGGCAACGACAUGGCGGGAAGCAUCCGACUGCCCUGCAUGUUCACGGGCCUCUUUGGACACAAACCCAGCAAGGGUCUGGUGACGAGUCACGGUUCGUUCCCCGCCCCCAUUUCUGAGUUGGAGAAGUUCCUGUUCACCGGACCCAUGUGCCGCUACUCCAUGGACCUUCAACUGGCCAUGUCGGUACUGACCUCGCAAAACAAAAACCCUCUAAAAUUCGGACAGCGAGUGAACUUCAAGGACUUGAAAGUGUACUACAUGACAUCCGUUGGAUACCAUCCACUCAUCACACCCAUUGAUACUGAGACCGCACUGGCCAUCAAAAAGGCAGUAUCCCAUUUCGAAUCAACCUACGGGAUCAAAGCAAAGGAAGUGAAAAUACCCAACCUAAAGUCAGCCGCCGCCAUUUACAUCCACAACCUGAUGUCUUCCUGCAAAGACAUCGGCCACGCCCUAACCUCCGGAAAAGGAGACAUCACACCCUUCAAGGAAUUCCUCAAACACCUGCUCGGAAGAUCCACACUGACCCAAGGUCCGAUCAUCGUGAUGAACUCUCCCUAUUUUCCUCUCUUAUACAACGAAGACGACGUCGUGUAUUACGAAAAGCUAGGCAAGAAGUUGGCAGGAGAGUUUCGCCAAUUGCUGGACGAUAAAUCGGUACUCCUGUUCCCAACGUUUCCUCUCCAAGCGCCAUAUCACCACGAGAUAACCAUGCUAUUGCCAAGCACCUGUUACACGUUGGUAUACAACCUGCUGGGACUACCUGUGACGCAGUGCCCCAUGGGUCUGAGGGCCGACGGACUGCCUGUCGGAUUGCAGAUUGUCGGUGGCAUGAAUAACGAUCCUUUGACUAUUGCCUGUGCUGCUGAGUUGGAGAAAGCUUUCGGGGGCUGGAUACCGCCCGGUAGAACUAGAAAGUGAUCAAUUAUUUAUUUUUACGGACAUCAAUCGUUGUGACAAUUUUCAGUAGAAACUUGACAUAAAUUUUACAUAUAUACUUACAACUGGGACAAGGUCAACCUGUCAGCUUAGUAAUGAUGUGAUCAGGUUUUCUGUAGCCUUCGCAGUGCUGCCAAAUUAGUUUGUCCCAACUAUAGAUGAUCUACCUGAGUAGUUAGAUCCUAGAUGGCGCCGCUCAAACAUGGAAUCGGAAAUUUCAGUGGUGCCAUCUAAGAUUUGACUAAAUGAAAAACAGAUCACUUAACUACAUGAGCACCAGUUUUUUCCCCUUUAUAGCGAGAUGUAUGUGCAGGAUGUUGACACAUUAAAAUGAUAAAUAAGAUUUCGCGGUUGAUGCUAUCAUUAAACAUAUUUUCCAGAUGCUCUAAUAUUAUUACUCAGAAUAUAAGGGAAGUUUUACCAUUGUAAAAAUGUGUUGAAUCACGGAACUUUUAAGUAAUAAAAACAUGUGG